GCCACUUCCUGUGUUAAAGGCGUGAGCAACUUAAAGACAGACAGUGAGACGGAGAAGACGUUCAGUUCAGUUUUUCAGUUGGUCAAGAUGUCUGCAGACGCUGUCGCUGCUCCACGUUUGAGCCUGAAUGUGAGAUAUAACAGAAACGUCCAAGAGACCAGCGGAGAGGAAGAGGAGAGUCAGGUGGAGAUCUUAGAGGAGGAAGAGCAUCACGCUGAUCUCGGGCCACAAAGAGCCGUCUCCGUAGGACCACACACUCAAAACAAGCCUGCAGCCAACAACAGAAGGCGUCUCAAAGCUGCUGCAGUGACUCUGGGAGGGUUUUAUCUUCUGAUAUUGGCUGCACUCUUCAUUCGCUGCACUGUGCUGCAGAUCAGGUACGACCAACUGAGCAACAACUACAGUCAGUUACAAGGGAAGGUUUCAGUGAUAUCAGUCAACAACAGUCAGUUACAGAGCAGCUACGAAACACUGAGUCUAAAUAACACUCAGUUACAGGAUGAAGUAAAGCAGCUGAAGGACAGAAUUGAAGUCACUUUGCUGCAGACCAGAUACGACCAACUGAGCAACAACUACACUCAGUUACAGGAUGAAGUAAAGCAGCUGAAGGACAGAACUAAAAGUAAAAAGUUAAAAACCAGUGAACUCCUGUAUUAUACACAUUUACAGGAUGUGGUUCUUGUUCCCACUUGA